AUGUCAAAUGAAAACCUCAGUUCUUCUGCGGAAACAGAUUUGAUCGGACCAUGGGCAGGCUAUUUUGUCGGAUGGACCUAUUGGCUGUGCUGGAUCACAAUUGUAAAACUGUUUGGUGAAUUGGAAUUCUGGUUUGCGCUGAUCAAAAUUAUUGCCAUUGUGGUGUUAAUUUUGGUGGGUUUCUGGAUGAUUUUUACCGGCUUUACUUCAGCAGCAACAGGUCAAGUGGCGUCAUUUACUCAUCUUUGGGAUCAUGGGGGAAUGUUCCCGAAAGGCUUUGAAGGUUUCUUAGCAGGCUUCCAAAUUGCCAUCUUUGCUUUUGUCGGUGUUGAACUUGUUGGUACCACAGCAGCAGAAACCAAAGAUCCAGAGAAGAACUUACCUAAAGCCGUUAACUCAAUUCCAAUCCUUACACCAUGGAAUAUGAUUGAUCCUAAAGUUAGCCCAUUUGUGAACUUGUUUAGUCAAGCGGGAAUUGCUGCGGCUGCAAUCAUUAUGAACUUGGUGGUCCUUUCUUCUGUAAUGUCUUCAAUGAACAGUGGUGUAUUCUCAACAAGUCGUAUGCUGUUUGGUCUUUCUCGUGAAGAUCAAGGUCCUAAAGCAUUUGUGUUGGUGGGUUGUGGUCAAUCAGGCAAUUUGCAGUUGGCAAACAGUCAAGACUAUGACAAACGUGCCAAAUAUUUGCUCUAUUCAAAAGAUGCAAGUAAAGCUGCCCAAAGCAAGGCAAAAGUGCAAGAUCAGACAGCCAUUGCAGAUCAAUCUGUGCCAGCGUCUCAAGCCACUUCAAACUAA